AUGGAAUACCUGACACAUUAUGGGCCCUCACUGUGUGUGAAGCUCCAAGGAAACCUGGUUUAUGCGGGUUAUGGGCCAUUUUUACAUGUUCAUGAUCUUGAGACUGGAGAACUGAUCAACAGGUGUCGUAUUUUCCGUCGAAAUAAAAUUCACGGUAUUGCAGUUAACGGUGAAGGUGCUUUACUUUUGUUUGGUGCGAGAUCUAUCUCGAUAAUUGGAUCGAAAGAUGCUAGCGGUUGUCCGGAUAUGUCACAAGAUGAAAAGUUACUAGAUGAAUGGAUCAUGAGCGGCCAGUUUAGCCAAACUGGAGACCAGACUUACUUGCUGACUUCCUAUAAUAAAGUUUUAAUAAGGGAUUUGGAAGGAAAUGUAUUGGCUACCAAAGGAAUUGAUGGCGAAAAGUCUAUAUUAUAUUCUGGGUCAAUUACUGUCUUUGGCCCAGACAAGGUGCUUAUCAACGCAGGAACAGUCAUGGGUGGUGUAUUGAUAUGGGAUCUUUACGAAGAGGAAUUGUUACACAAUUUGAAAGGCCAUGAGGGUUCCAUUUUCUACGUUACCAUUAGCGAAAAUGGUCGAUAUGUUGCUAGUUGUUCCGAUGAUAGGUCUGUUAGACUAUGGGAUCUCACAACAGGCGAUCUUCUAUCAGUCGGCUGGGGUCAUACGGCUAGAAUAUGGAACCUAAAGUUUUAUGAUAACAGCAGUAAAUUGGUUAGUGUCUCUGAGGAUUGCACUUGUCGUGUUUGGAAGAUUGUAGAAGAUGAAGAAUCACAAGCGAGUUUGGAGCAAAAAGGUGUGUACGAAGCACAUCUCACUAAGAAUAUUUGGGGUGUGGAUGUCGACAGCUGUGGGAGAAAGGCGAUUACUUCGGGGAAUGACGGUAGAUUAAAAGUUAUAGAGCUCGAUCAUCCAAGAAUUGAUAAUGACGAGCAGUCAUACACGUUACAAGAAAUAGCCGAUCAGACUGGCAUCAUUGCCGAUAAGGAUGAAAUAAUAAAGGGAUUUCACUGGUUUGAUUUUGGCCUGGUUGCGAUUACUUCCCAAGGUAAAAUAGUGUUGUUUGAAUCUUUCAAUGAUACCUGGACUUUUUUGUUCACUGAUGAUCAAUUUGCAUCUUAUAGCAGUACUCAUGGUAUAUCGAGUGAUAAUGUUGUAGUGUUUGCUAACAAUAAGAGUGAUCUACUAGCUCUGAAGUUUGACAAGGAUGGCAAGCACGUUAUUGCAAAGACCAAGAUGCACGUUUCAGAUCUCACCAAAACUAAUAAUUGCAUGAUAAGGAAAGAAUCCCCCACAACGUUCCUUGUACUCCUUGAAUCUCCAAAUCCAAGAGAAAACCUGGUAUGUAUGAGGUUCAAUCUUUCUACUUUGGAGAUGGAAAAAACUUUUAGCUUGAAAAAGCCUGAAAGUUUUGUUUCUUCUUGCCUGGAAGUCUAUCAGCAUUUUCUCCUCGUUGGUUCUCGUUUCAGUACGUUAGCAGUCUUUGAUUUGAAGAAAGUUGAAUGUCCAGCUUACCUGAUUAGCAAGAUGACUCCAGGGGAUACAACAACGUCAAUACAAUUUGUCGAAGAUCUCGGAGAUUCUCAAGUCUUUUCAGUCACAAAUAGAGAUGGUUACUAUACCUUCAUUAAGAUCUAUCUGAAGGGAGCAAGCAGAGGAGAUGGAAAAGACUACGAAAUCAUCCAAUCUAAUAAGAUCGUACGAGGCUUCUUAGAGGGUGCUCAGUUCAACGCCCAUGGCGAUUAUAUUACUCAUGGGUUCAAGUCCAGUUUAUUCUAUAUUUACAACGAGACUUCCUGUUACGAAAUUACAAGCCACAUUUGCGGUGGAGCUCAUCGUCAGUGGAAGCUCUGUGAGGAUGAUAAAGGUUCAAUUUUGGUUUAUAUCAAGGCAUCAACACUUUUCUUCAAAAGGUUCAAUAAUUCAAAAACACCUGAGACCCUAUGUGCAGGUAUUCAUGGAAGAGAGAUUAGAGAUAUAACGAUACGAAAGCAGAAGAAGUACAAGGAUGGUUACUUGUUCUGCACUGGUUCUGAAGAUACAACCAUUAAGCUGAUGCACGUCAAUGAGCAAUCCGGCAAAAUGACGAACUACUGGACGCAAAGGAAGCAUGUCUCAGGUCUACAGAGGUGUCAAUUCAUCAAAGAAAACUUGAUGAUUUCCUCGUCCGCCAGGGAAGAGCUGUUUCUGUGGGAACUGAAUACAGAGGGAGACUCUCGUCCUUAUAUAGCUUUACGCCAAAGCUUGCCAGUUUCUAGCAAUCUUCCAGAUCUUAGGAUCAUGGAUUUCGACGUCAAGUUUUUGGGCGCAAGCCAAAAUUUCAUACUGGCCACAGUUUACUCGGACUCUACUAUCAAAGUGUGGUUGUAUGAUAGCGAACAGAAUACCUUCACAACGAUAAUCAAUGGGGACUACAAAACGUGUUGCAUCCUCAACGUUUUCCUGACCCCAAUUUGCGACCAGCUAUUUCUAGCAAUUGCUCCAACGGAUGGUCAUUUGAUAUUUUACAAUAUAACUGAGCAUAUUCCCUUUGAGAUCGAUGAGAAGAGCGGCGAAUUAAUUGACAAUGAUCUUGACCUCUCGCUGAUGGAUUUACCAGACUACGACUGCCGACUGGAAGUACACCAGUCAGGAAUAAAAUGCAUGAGUCAUGUCUUAGAACAAGGCAAUGAGCUCUUCAUCUAUACUGGUGGGGAUGACAAUGCAUUGGGUAUUACCAUAGCCAAAUUGGACGCAGCUACUGGCAAACUGAACGCUCGUGUACUAGACUUCCAGCCACAAGCGGCUGCAUCCACGAUGACAUCCUGCAGUUUGAUUUCCAAUGGAACAAAGCUUCUCACCACUUCAGUUGAUCAAAUUGUGAGACUAUGGGACAUAACAGAAAACAAACUCAUAAAGCAUAGCAGUGAAUAUACCACCAUCGCUGACACGGGCUGCUCUGAUGCUGUCCAAACAAAGGACACUCGUCAUUUAGCAUUGAUAGGCGGUGUGGGACUUUCUGCCUUGAGGAUAGAUUUAUGA